AUGCCUUCCAUUCAAACUAUCCGCCAAGCAAAUUCCAAGAUAAAGGAACUAGGUCCAGGGUUAGUGGGCAUCUUUGCCGGCGGAACCAGCGGGGUGGGCGAGAGCACUUGCAGGGAAUUUGUACGAAAUACGAGGCAGCCGACAGUGUAUAUAAUUGGUCAAAGCCAGAAAAAGGCGUCCAAUUUAAUGGCUGGGCUGGGAGCAAUCAACUCAGAGGCCAGAAUUACGUUUCUGCAGAGUGACCUCACCCUUCUUACCAAUGUUGAUUCAGUCUGUCGUGAGAUUCUCGCGAAGGAGAAUGUGGUGAGUCUCCUUUUUCUCAGCGCAGGUUUCUUGAGCAUGAAUGGCCGAGUUGAGACACCGGAAGGCCUGGACCGCAUGUUCAGUAUCCAAUACUACUCCCGUAUGCGGUUCAUCGUGAACCUACUGCCGCUUUUAUCUCGAGCAUCAACUGCCGGCCAGCCAGCACGAGUCGUGUCGGUUCUGGGCGCCGGUAAAGAAGGAAACAUCUUGACAGAUGACCUGAUGCUCAAGGUCAACUAUAGUCUCAAGAAUUGCGUCACACACACUAUCACAAUGACCACGCUAGCCUUGGAGCAACUUGCGCUCGCCAACCCUGAGGUGGAUUUUAUUCACACCUCGCCUGGUGUGGUCCGGACAAACAUCACUCGUGGGUUAGGACCGGUCAUAAGCCUUUUCAGCCGUGUUGUUCUUUUCCUUGCUUCGCCUUUGACAGUUCCUGUGAGGGAAAGUGGCGAAAGGCAUCUAUACCUGGCCCUUGGAAUGCUCUGCAGUAAAGAAUGCACACAGAAAAGCCACUCAAAGGUGAACCCUGGAAAUUCGUAUCGGUUUGACUGGAAAUGCGAGGCAUGUGGGCAGAAUAGUGCUGUAGAAGCGUAUCAACAGGAAGGUGUUGGGGUCGAUGUCUGGCAGCACACUGUCGGUGUUUUCAAGACUGCUUGCGGGGAUGCACAGUAA